AUGACUUUACUAGCGUUGGUCUUCCUGCUUGCCUUCUUCCCAGCUCAACCUGCAAGCAGCAGAUACCUCCCCAAGGCAGCAAGUAACCCUGUGUUUGGACCACGGCAGGUUUAUGGUCUGCUCGGCGGGUCAGCUAUUGUGAAAUGCUUCUACCCUCCCACCAGUGUGAACAGACACGACAGGAAGUAUUGGUGCAGGCAAUCAGCCACGGGCUGCAGGACCAUUGUCUCCACCAGUGGCUACGUUGCUCCAGGCUACCAAGACAGGAUCUCCAUCCUUGACCACCCAGAUGCAGAAAGCUUCCAGAUCAACAUCACCCAGCUCACAGCUGCAGACACAGGCACCUACCAGUGUGGUGUGGGGAUCAAUGGCAGAGGCCUCUCCCACAAAGUCAAUCUGGAAGUUUCUGAAGGUCCACACCUGCCUGAGGGAGCUGAGCUCUACUAUGUGAAGCUGCACAGCACCCUGACCGUGUCCUGCAGCUUUGGGAAGGAUGCUGAGCUCCAAAGGAAGUACCUGUGCAAGAUGGGGAAAAAAGGCUGCUAUGACAUCGUUGAUAAUGGAAAGGAAGUUGACAAGGAUUUCGAAGGGCGGGUCCUGCUGAGCCUUCAGGAGGAUCCAGGCUCGUUCAGCGUUGUGAUCACUCAGAUGGGCUGGGAAGACUCAGGCUUGUACCUGUGUGGGUUCGGCACCUACGGGGUGAGCGGAGAGACCAAGGAACUGGACGUGCAUGUCUAUGAGGAGACAAGUGUUCCUCAAGGAAAGCCCACAGUACUUGGAGUAAAAGGAAGUUCAGCAACUUUUGAAUGCCAUUAUAACCCUCUCAAGAGGUCCUCCACCAAAUACUGGUGCAGGUGGAAACCAAACAGGUGUGAAUGGAUCAUAAGUGACGACGGGUACGUGGCACCUUUUUACGAAGGAAGAGUGGCCAUGUAUGACAGCCCAGACAACAGCUCAUUCACCAUCAUCCUGAACCAGCUGGAGAGCAAGGACGAAGGCUACUACUGGUGCAUGACAGAUGAUGUGAAGGAGCAGCAAUCAUCAACUCAGCUGAAGAUCAUAGAUGGAGAACCUGGACUGACAGGAGAGAAGGAAGUGGAGGCACGAGUGGGUUCCCGGGUCGAUCUGGCUUGUCACUAUCCAUGCAAGUACUACUCCUAUGAGAAGUACUGGUGCAAGUGGGACAGCCCCAGCUGCACACCCAUGCCUGCUUCAGACCAGAGGCAGCCAGGGCCCGGUGUUACCUGUGACACUGACAACAGGACAGUCAUCCUGAGCUUUGAUGCGGUGGCAGAGUCAGACCAGGGCUGGUACUGGUGUGGAGUGAAGCACAACGGGCACUACGGGGAGACCAUGGCAGUGCAGCUGCAGGUGACAGGAGGAAGCGAUGCCGAUCACAGCCUGGACCUCCUGGAUGUGGACAAACCCAGCCAGGCUGAGCCCCCCAGCCACGCUGAGCCUGGUGUUAUUCCCAAAGGAAGAGCCUUCAGUGAUGUUGGGGAGCAAAGCGCAGCUUCCUCGGAAAGCUCUGGUGAAAGCCGUGGUCCCAACACAAUUGCCUUGGUUGUGGGCCCAGUUGGUGCUGUGCUCCUGGUCCUGGCCACAGCCUUCGCUGUGUUUAAGUACAGGCAGCUGAAGAGAUCUGACCUGGUGUCUGUCGGGAGCUACAGGACAAACAUCAGCAUGUCAGACUUUGAGAGCGUGAAGGAGUACGGAGCCAGCAACAGCGCCUGCGUGAAGGAGAGCCAGGAGACCCAGCUGGGAGGGGAUGAGCUCAUCACCACCGGGGCCACCCCAGAGAACACUGCUGAGACAAAGAAGGCAAAAAGGAGCUCCAAGGAGGACGUUGACCUCGCCUACUCCGCCUUCCUCCUCACCUCUGGCAACAUCGUGCAGGACACCCCUGGGGGGGACAACAGGGACAGUGCUACUCCAGACGUGCCCCCUCCAGGCUGGACGGGACAGAUCUGA